AUGUUCUCUUACGUUGUAGUUCCUCAGUUUGAAACUGCAUGUAGUUACGUGGAGGCUACACUUGAAGAGUUUUUGACCUGGAAUGCUGACCAACCUCGUAUUUCUGGACCAUUUAGAGAUUAUGAUCAUUCCAAAUUCUGGGCUUAUGCUGACUAUAAAUAUUUAAUUAGUCUAUUUGAAGACAGGGCAGAUGUUUUUCAGGACGUGAUAUGGUCUGACUUUGGAUUUCCUGGAAGAAAUGGACAAGAGAGUACCUUGUGGAUUGGCUCCCUGGGAGCCCAUACCCCCUGUCAUCUGGACUCUUAUGGUUGCAACUUAGUAUUCCAGGUACAAGGAAGGAAAAGAUGGCAUCUCUUUCCUCCUGAAGAUACACCUUUCCUUUAUCCAACCCGAAUCCCAUAUGAAGAAUCUAGUGUGUUCAGUAAAGUCAAUGUGGUCAAUCCUGAUUUACAACGUUUCCCUCAGUUCCAGAAAGCUCAGAGACAUGUGGUCACGCUGUGCCCAGGACAGGUUCUGUUUGUUCCCAGACACUGGUGGCAUUACGUAGAAUCCAUCGAUCCUGUCAGCGUCAGUAUAAAUUCAUGGAUUGAGCUGGAAGAAGACCACCUAGCCCGAGUGGAAGAGGCAAUCACCCGGAUGCUGGUGUGUGCACUGAAAACUGCGGAGAACCCACACAACGCCAGUGCCUGGCUAAACCCUACUGAGGUGGAAGAAACAUCCCAUGAAGUCAAUUGCCACUAUUUAAAUGGAGCUGUUUCUGCCUUUUUUGACCAUUACAGAGCAUCUAAAGUAGGAGAAAUUCAAGUAGUAGGAACACAUGGGGAGAACCUCAGAAAGGAUGAACUAAACAUGAACAGCCCCAUGGAGGUAAAGGACACACACAGCCAGAGUGUAACCAUGGGAACCACAACGCAGGGGGCAGCAGGCCCCUUUGGUCCUCAUCUGGUGCUUGUCACACCAAGCUCUGAAGAACUCCCUUCAGAAAGAAGAGACGUAUUUGAAAGCAAUGGCAGAGGAUUUGUCUGCAAAGAUGAGGAACUCUUUCCAAAACCAUCCUGCACCAGGAGGCAACUGAUGAUCAAACAACGUGAAAAUGCUGUGGUGGAGUCAAUUGCCUCUAACAGCACCACGGCCCCUCCCUCAGUGUUCAUCUCCACAGACGACUUGCUGGACUGUGUGGUGAAUCCACAAGUAACCAGAAUGGUGGCACAACUUUUGAUACAAGGGAAAAAAAUAUGA